AUGAACUUAUUCAGUAAAUGUGCAGCUCAGAGGUUGUUCAUACCAAAACUUAUUCCACACAUAGACUCCAUGAUAUAUAUAGACACAGAUACAUUAUUUUUGGGACCAGCUGAUGAGCUAUGGGAGGUUUUUGCAUUAUUUAAUAGUUCACAGAUUUCUGCUAUGGCUCUUGAAGAUGAUAACCCCAAUGUUUCAUGGUACCCGAGAUUUGCAAAGCAUCCUUUCUAUGGAAAGUAUGGCUUAAACUCUGGUGUAAUGUUAAUGAAUCUGACAAGGAUGAGAGAUUUUGGCUGGACUGAUUAUGUUACUCCUAUAAUGUUAAAAUGGAAACUUAAUAUUCCUUGGGGAGAUCAGGAUAUAAUAAAUAUAAUAUUUCACUAUCAUGAACGUGCAGUAUAUAUUCUCUCCUGUCGCUAUAACUACCGCUCUGAUCAAUGUAUGUAUGGCGACGCUUGCUUGGAUGCAACUGAACAUGGGGUGUUUAUACUUCACGGCAGUAGAAGAAUUUUCCAUAACAAUAAGCAACCCGCAUUUCAAGCAAUAUACCAAGCCAUUGAGGAGUAUGAGAUUGGAAUGGAUCCUAUGAAACUUCUCUUAAAAAUAGACAAAUAUUUCUCAUCAUCAUCACCAUCAAAUUGUGGAAAUCUAAAAGAAGCUUUUAUUAAAGUACCACUGGCCACACUUCAAAAUCACUAUGCCAAACCUAAAAGA